GUCAAAGUCAUUAAUGAUUAAAAGAAGAAAUCCAAAGCUUGUGAUUGAGAAUAUCGUAAUGAUAAUGAUAAUGUAAAAUUAGUUCGUGGUAUAUACAAGUUAUUAGUUUUUUUCUGAGUAAUUUUUAAUCGGUCGCUAAAAUAAAAUAUCAAUAAUAUGAAGCCAAUAUCUUUCACAAGUAUUCUGGUCAUCGUUUGUAUAUUUGCUAAUGUAUCAAAUGCAAUCAAUUCUGUUGAAGAAGAUAUUGGCAGCGGAAGAUAUGUUAUUGAGGGUCGCGUCGUCCCACCUGAAGAACAGGAACAAAGCAAUUGGCAAAUACAAACACGGAUUCAUGUGAACGGUGGGGAAUACAUCGGUUUCAUCAAAGAAGAUGGAUCGUUCGCAAUCCACAACGUUCCUACUGGAUCGUACGUGGUAGAAGUUGUUAAUCCGGACUACAUGUACGAUCCGGUGCGUGUGGAAAUAAACUCUAAAGGAAAAUAUCGUGCAAGGAGAGUGAAUUAUAUUCAGACAUCGCAAGUAAUCCAAGUACCCUAUCCACUUAGAAUGAAGGCCUUGUCUAGGUUCAGAUAUUUCCAAAUACGCGAACAGUGGAGAAUGACCGACUUUUUAUUCAAUCCUAUGGUGAUUAUGAUGAUAUUACCACUCCUUCUCAUCAUGGUGUUGCCAAAAAUGAUGAAUGAUCCUGAAACUAAGGAAGAUUUAAAACAGAUCACAAAUCUGGCUAAGAUGUCAGAAAUGCCUGAAAUGUCAGAAGUAUUUACAAAUCUGUUCGGUGGGGGCACUACUACCAAAGCCUCCAAAGCUAAGCAAAUUAAGAAGCGACAAUGAAGUGGUUGUAAUUGCAUUAUAGGUUAUAUUAGUUUUUUGUUUCCUAGACAUUUUAAACAUUAAAUUAUUAUUAAAGUU